CUGGUUCAGCAUCAUUUAGAAACAAGUCAAGAAAAUGAAGAAAUCAGGCAGUAAUUCAGAAUAUUCUAAGUCUACAAAACUUCUUCCUAGUGAAGGAGAUGGGCAGAAAAAGUGGACUACCUUGGUUCACAAUGGUGUUAUUUUUCCACCUCCUUACAAGCCCCAUGGUAUAAAGAUGCUCUACAGGAAGCCAGUCGCAUUAACUCCUGAGCAAGAGGAGGUUGCAACUAUGUUUGCUGUAAUGCGAGAUACAGAUUAUAUGCAGAAAGAAACAUUCAAAAGUAAUUUCUGGAGCGACUGGCGCAAAUUGCUAGGAAAAAACCAUGUAAUUCAGAACUUGGAAGGUUGUGACUUUACCCCAAUAUAUGACUGGUAUCGUCGAAAAGAGAAGAAGAAACAAAUGAGUACAGAAGAAAAGAAGGCCCUUAAGGAGGAGAAAGCAAAACAAGAGGAGAAAUACAUGUGGGCCAUAGUUGACGGUGUUAAGGAGAAGGUUGGAAACUUUAGAGUAGAACCACCGGGGUUGUUCCGAGGUCGUGGAGAGCAUCCAAAGAUGGGCAAACUGAAAAGGCGCAUUCAUCCAAGUGAUAUCACAAUUAAUAUCGGAAAGGAUGCUCCAAUUCCUGAAUGCCCUAUCCCUGGUGAAAAGUGGAAGGAGAUUAGGCAUGACAAUACAGUAACAUGGUUAGCAUUCUGGAGUGAUCCAAUCAACCCAAGGUUGUUCAAAUAUGUUUUCCUGGCUGCUAGUAGCUCUUUGAAGGGGCAGAGUGACAAGGAAAAGUAUGAGAAAGCUAGGAUGCUGAAGAAUUAUAUAGGGAACAUUAGGGCUGCAUACACGAAGAAUUUUACGAGUAAAGAUAUUACAAGGCGGCAAAUAGCUGUUGCUACUUACCUUAUCGAUAAGUUAGCUCUGAGGGCUGGCAAUGAGAAGGAUGAUGAUGAAGCUGAUACUGUUGGUUGCUGCACAUUGAAAGUGGAAAAUGUAACAGCAGAAGCCCCCAACAAGUUGCAGUUUAACUUCCUUGGUAAAGAUUCGAUCAAGUAUGAAAAUACGGUAGAAGUUGAACAGCAAGUUUAUAAUGCAAUUUUAAAGUUCCAAGCAGAAAAAAGCCCUGGUGAUGAUCUCUUUGACAAGCUAGAUACAAGUAAACUAAAUGCUCACCUGAAGGAACUGAUGCCUGGCCUAACGGCUAAAGUUUUCCGUACAUUCAAUGCAUCUAUCACAUUGGAUGACAUGUUGACCAAGGAUACUAAAGAUGGUGAUGUUGCAGAGAAAAUUGGGGUCUAUCAGACUGCAAACAAGGAGGUUGCAAUUAUUUGUAAUCACCAACGUAGUGUGUCAAAAUCUCAUACUGCACAAAUGUCAAGGUUAACUGAGAAGAUUGCUGAACUCCAGGGUGUUCUGAAGCAUUUGAAAACAGAUUUGGACAGGGUAAAGAAAGGCAAACCUCCUCUGAAGAGUGCUGAGAGAAAACGGAACUUAACUCCGGAUGCACUAGACAAAAAGAUUACUCAAACCAAGGCAAAAAUUGAUAAGAUGCAACGUGACAUGAAGACCAAAGAAGAUCUCAAAACUGUGGCAUUAGGCACAUCCAAGAUAAACUACCUGGAUCCCAGGAUUACAGUGGCUUGGUGCAAGCGGCAUGAUGUUCCUAUUGAAAAGAUCUUCAACAAAUCUCUGCUGGCAAAAUUUGCCUGGGCAAUGGAUGUAGACCCUGGCUUCAGAUUCUGAGAUCUCUUCAUGAGCGGAGACUUCAUCUUUUACUCAUUUCUUUUUACACAAAAAAUGUAUAUUUUUUGGUUUGGCCAAGCCCAGCGGAAAUUUAUGUUGUAAUUUCUUCUAAUCUAAUUAUUGGGCGAGUUUGCCCUGCCACUGGCU